AUGGGAAGCGACGAUGCAGAGAUGAUCACAGGAAGGAGCGUGAACUUCUUCCAGACAUGCAAACUGCCAGCCCCUGUGAAGGUGACGCCUUCGUACCUCGGAUCACGGAUCUGUGCUCAGUCGAGUCGCCAUGCCUUCAUUGCUUCUGGUAAAGAGAUCUACCAGUUGAGCGUGCGAAGGGAUGAAACUGAAGCCAUGAAUGGCGAGAGCGAGUUCUCGUUCUCAACAUGCACACCUUUAAACUCUGUAGAAGCUCGUCAAGUACAGGCUAAGAAGCAGAACACAUACUCUGGCAUGGAGAUCUGCAGUGUUCGAGGAAUUAAAGACGGUGAAAGCAGCUUCCGCAUGGCAUCAAUCGACAUGGCGGGGGGGAUCUGCUUGUACUCCUUCCGCAACUGUGGAGAACAUUUCGCGGAACAAGAAGACCCCCCGGUAGACUUCAUUCAAGGGCAUGGCUUCUGUGACGGGGAGGGAGGAUGGGGCGGAGUGGACUUUAGCCCGUGUGGCAGUCAACUGGCUGCUGCAAGGAAUUUCCAGAAAUCCGUCUGCAUUUACGACCUCAACACCGGGAAGGAGACGAGGAAGAUAAACCUCGCGCUGAUGCCAUACAGCAUGACGUGGGUUGGCAAUGGAAGAACAGACAAGAUGGCUGGAUCAGGUCUGCUCGCCUUGACGGAGUUCAACUUCCUUUCCCUGUGGGAUCCGCGGGUUGGAGGUCGAAGCGCAUGUGUCGCAAGAGUGUCGCCAUGCAACUCCUUGCUGCUCACGACGGCAUGGGGGGAAGGGAUUGUAGGCUGUGCAGGGAUGGAUAGGAGCGUUUAUGUGUACGAUGCCAGGAAGUGGAAUGUCUGCGGCCGAGCCAUGUCAGUCACCAAGUCAGACAUCAUGAAAUUGUCGUUCUCGUCGGUCAACAGCAAGAUUUUCUACGCUUUCGGUGUUGAUUCGCAGGCCAAGGCAGUGCAAGAGGAUGUUCCUGUCACUGUGAGCACCGGGGGGCACAAGGGAACGCACGUGGUCACGGGCGGGUCGUUGAGGAAGGUUUUUGAGUUCAGAGCUGGUGGGAGGUGGAUAGCAGCCCAGAAACUCGACGACGAGGAUUUGUUCUGGGGGGUUUGCGAUCAACAAGUGCUUUACUCCUCUGCAAAGUUCGACGUGGCCUCGGGAGCCUCCAGGAAACGAAAGAUUGAGGAUGAUGACAAGGAAGAUUAA